ACUCCCAGUUUAGUCUCUGGUACCUCUGAAAACACAUUUCCCUCUUUAGGUCAGUUUCUUGCAGAACUUCUCUUUGACAACAGGAAGGGUUCGGUGCUCGCGCUUUGGAACUUUUACAGCAGUCUGUUAGUGUUUUUUUUCUGACAACAUGUGUACUGGAAAAUGCUCCCGCUUCAUUGCUGUGACUCUGUACCCGUUAGCUGUCUUAUCUAUCAUCUGUAACAUUGUGCUGUUCUUUCCGGGCGGGGACGUCAAGUACGCCAAAGAUGGACACAUUACAGAGGAGGUGAAGUACAUGGGGGGCCUCAUCGGAGGGGGUCUUAUGGUGUUGAUGCCCGCUCUUUACAUCCACCUGACUGGAAAACAAGGCUGCUGUGGAAACAGAUGUGGGAUGUUUUUGUCGAUUGUAUUCGCCGCAGUGGGAGUGGCUGGAGCUCUGUACAGUUUCAUUGUGGCAGUGCUUGGUCUGAAGAAUGGACCUCUGUGCAAAGCUGUUCUGUUCUGGAUGACACCUUUUAAAGACAAUGACCAGAGUUACCUGACUGACAAAACCUUGUGGGGUGUGUGCCUUGAGCCUGAGAACAUCAUGGAGUUUCACAUUGGACUGUUUGCCACCCUGCUGGCCACCAGCUGUCUGGAGCUCAUCCUCUGUGCCAUCCAGAUGAUCAACGGGCUUUUUGGCUGCCUGUGUGGAACCUGCAACAAAGGGCCACUGUGAGAUCCUGGAAAGGUGUCUGGUGCCCCCUGCUGGAGGACUAUAAAGUGUUCUGUCCACAUAUACAUAUAAUAUUCACUUUGAAAAUUAUUGUUGAAAGUGUUUCUAUACAGAUUUUUAUACUUUUUAUGUGUAAAUCGUAAUGCUAAGCUUUACAGUUGUCAUAAUACAUUUUAAAACUUUGAUACAACACUUGUCAGAAUCAGAUACUGAUGCUUUUUAUACAAUGGCACACACAUUUAAAGCCCUACCCUCCUUA